CCAAGGGUUCAUGGGUAGCGUAUUUACAAAGGAGCCUCCUCCGCCAGCCCGUGCCACCGCUGCUAAUGAGAGCGGUCAUUAAGUAAAUGAGACAUCGCCUUUAGCUGGCUUAGGAGUUCGCACACUGAGGGGAGAAGAUAUUUAAUUGAAACCCACACACAGGCUUCCCCACACGUGACUGCGGUGAGGGAGGCAGCUGCCUUCCCCUCCCCCGUCCUCCCCCCACCCCCCCAUGUAAAUUUCAUGAUUGCUUUCCGUGAUGUCAUUUUGAAAGAGGACAGACAAUAGCUGUGGGGAAAGAAGAUGAGUUCCGGGGCAAACUUCUGACCCAGAGGUGGACACAGGAAGACAAGACUAGUAGCUGCAGAACUGAGAGACAUUUCCUGUGUAGAUACAACAAGAUGAGCUCAGAAAGUGAUGACAAGCGAGCCCGCACGCGUUCCAAGACCCUCCGAGGACCCCCAGAGACCACAGGUGCAGACCUCAGCUGUCCUACCCCAGGAUGUACUGGUUCAGGACAUGUGCGGGGCAAGUACUCCAGACAUCGAAGCUUACAGAGUUGCCCUCUGGCCAAGAAGAGAAAACUGGAGGAUGCUGAGACUGAGCACCUGGUAUCCAAGAGGAAGUCACACCCUCUGAGGCUGGCUCUGGAUGAGGGUUACCGCAUGGACAGUGAUGGCAGUGAGGAUGCUGAAGUGAAGGAUGCCUCUGUUUCAGAUGAAUCAGAAGAACCCCUGGAGGAGGCUGAGGCUGAGAUGUCAGGACAGGAGGAGAUUCAUCACCCACAGACAGCUGAAGGAAAAAGCCUCAUCAAGCCCCAUUUUGGCUCCAACCCCACAAGCAGCCCUUCUGGCUUCUCCAAGAGCAGCUACAGUAGCUACCAGGGGAUCAUUGCAACUUCCCUCCUAAAUCUGGGCCAAAUUGCUGAAGAGACCCUUGUGAAGGAGGAUUCAGUCUCAGUAGCUAAGUUGGGCCCCACUGUUGUUCAUCAGCUUCAGGAUGAGGCUGCAAUGGGGGUCAACAGUGAUGAGGGUGAAAAGGACCUCUUUAUACAGCCAGAAGAUGUGGAGGAGGUCAUUGAAGUCACAAGUGAACGUUCCCAGGAGCCAUGCCCCCAGUCUCUGAAGGAUAUGGUUAGUGAAGAGACAAGCAAGCAGAAAGGGGUCCUAGGUCAUGAGGAGGAGGGAGAGGAGGAGGAAGAAGAUGAAGAAGAAGAGGAGGAAGAGGAAGAGGAGGGAGAGGAAGGAGAAGAGGAAGAGGAAGAGGAGGAGGAAGAAGAAGAGGAGGAAGAGGAAGAUGAAGAGGAAGAGGAGGAGGAGGAGGAGGAAGCAGCUUCAAAUGUUAUCUUUGGGGAAGACACCUCCCAUACCUCUGUCCAGAAGGCUUCUCCUGAGUUCCGAGGCCCAGAGCUAUCCAGUCCUAAACCUGAGUACUCAGUCAUCGUGGAGGUUCGUUCUGAUGAUGACAAGGAUGAGGAUUCACACUCCCAGAAGUCAGCAGUCACAGAUGAAUCAGAAAUGUAUGACAUGAUGACCCGUGGGAAUUUAGGCCUUCUGGAGCAGGCCAUUGCCCUGAAGGCUGAGCAGGUGCGAGCGGUCUGUGAGUCUGGCUGUCCACCUGCUGAGCAGGGCCAUCUGGGCCCAGGAGAGCCAGGGAAAAUGGCAAAGCCCCUGGAUGUGGUGAGGAAGAGCUGCUACAGCAAAGAUCCUUCCAGGGUGGAGAAGCGUGAAAUCAAGUGUCCAACACCUGGCUGUGAUGGCACUGGCCAUGUUACUGGAUUGUACCCUCAUCACCGCAGCCUGUCUGGCUGUCCCCACAAGGAUAGAAUCCCUCCAGAGAUCUUGGCCAUGCAUGAAAAUGUACUGAAGUGCCCUACUCCUGGCUGCACGGGCCAAGGCCACGUGAACAGCAACCGCAAUACUCACAGAAGUUUAUCUGGAUGUCCCAUUGCUGCUGCUGAAAAAUUAGCCAAAUCUCAUGAGAAGCAGCAAUUGCAGACAGGAGAUCCUCCCAAAAAUAACUCCAAUUCGGAUCGGAUUCUCAGGCCCAUGUGUUUUGUGAAGCAGCUUGAGGUUCCACCUUAUGGGAGCUACCGACCCAAUGUGGCUCCCGCCACACCCAGGGCCAACUUGGCCAAGGAGCUGGAGAAGUUCUCCAAAGUCACCUUUGACUACGCAAGUUUUGAUGCUCAGGUUUUUGGCAAACGUAUGCUUGCCCCAAAGAUUCAGACCAGCGAAACCUCACCCAAAGCCUUCCAAUGCUUCGAUUACUCUCAUGAUGCUGAGGCUGCACACAUGGCUGCCACAGCCAUCCUGAACCUCUCCACUCGAUGUUGGGAGAUGCCAGAGAACCUUAGCACAAAGCCACAGGACCUCCCCAGUAAGGCUGUGGACAUUGAGGUAGAUGAAAAUGGAACUCUGGACUUGAGCAUGCAUAAACAUCGCAAGCGGGAAAACACUUUUCCCAGCAGUAGCAGCUGCAGUAGCAGCCCUGGUAUCAAGUCUCCUGAUGUCUCUCAGCGUCAGAGCAGUACCAGUGCCACCAGUAGCUCUAUGACCUCACCACAGUCCAGCCAGGCCUCUCGCCAGGAUGAGUGGGACCGUCCUCUAGACUACACCAAACCUAGUCGACUUCGAGAGGAAGAGCCUGAGGAGUCAGAGCCAGCAGCACACUCUUUUGCUUCUUCUGAAGCAGAUGAUCAGGAGGUGUCAGAAGAGAACUUUGAGGAGCGAAAGUAUCCAGGGGAAGUCACCCUAACCAACUUUAAGCUGAAGUUUCUUUCCAAGGACAUAAAGAAGGAGCUUCUCACCUGUCCCACCCCCGGCUGUGACGGCAGUGGCCAUAUCACCGGGAACUAUGCCUCCCAUCGCAGCCUCUCUGGUUGCCCUCUUGCUGACAAGAGCCUCAGAAACCUCAUGGCUGCCCACUCUGCUGACCUCAAGUGCCCCACACCUGGCUGUGAUGGCUCUGGCCACAUAACAGGGAACUAUGCUUCACACCGGAGUUUGUCAGGCUGCCCACGUGCCAAGAAGAGUGGACUCAAGGUGGCGCCUACCAAGGAUGACAAGGAGGACCCCGAGUUGAUGAAGUGCCCAGUUCCAGGCUGUGUGGGGCUCGGCCACAUCAGCGGCAAAUAUGCCUCUCACAGGAGUGCUUCUGGCUGCCCACUGGCUGCUCGGAGGCAGAAAGAGGGAGCUCUCAAUGGUUCAUCUUUCUCGUGGAAGUCGCUGAAGAAUGAGGGCCCUACUUGCCCCACCCCAGGUUGCGACGGCUCUGGCCAUGCCAACGGCAGUUUUCUCACCCACAGAAGUUUGUCUGGCUGUCCCAGAGCAACCUUUGCUGGAAAGAAAGGAAAACUCUCAGGGGAUGAGAUUCUCAGCCCAAAGUUCAAGACAAGUGAUGUGCUGGAGAAUGAUGAGGAGAUCAAGCAGCUAAAUCAGGAAAUACGAGACUUGAAUGAGUCCAAUUCGGAAAUGGAGGCUGCCAUGGUGCAGCUGCAGUCUCAGAUCUCUUCCAUGGAGAAGAACCUGAAGAACAUCGAGGAGGAGAACAAGCUCAUUGAGGAGCAGAAUGAGGCCCUGUUUCUGGAAUUGUCUGGGCUUAGCCAGGCCCUCAUCCAAAGUCUUGCCAAUAUUCGCCUUCCACACAUGGAACCAAUAUGUGAACAGAAUUUUGACGCCUAUGUGAACACCCUCACUGACAUGUACUCCAAUCAGGACUGCUACCAGAAUCCGGAGAACAAAGGCCUUCUGGAAACGAUCAAGCAAGCUGUGAGGGGCAUUCAGGUCUAGGCUGCACUGCACACAGGAGUCUGCUCUGCUCCUCACAGCAAGGACUCUGACUUCUAGUCACUUCUAAUUGGAAGCCUGGGUGCAGCCUUGUGCAGCUAACCCAAAGGGGAGCCUGGAAAUCAGUGCCUCCUAUGAUGUCCCCAUUAGGCCCAGGCAUGAAGACCUCUCUAUGUGAGUGCCUGGGGACACUGAAGUAUUGCAAAGUGAUUUAUUUUUGUUUUUGUUUUUUGUUUUUUUUAAAGAAGUUUGAAGAGCAGCUCAAAGUCUCCGGUGGAAGCUCAUGGACAAGGUUCUCAGGGAAGUUUUGGAGUUUGCAGCCACAGUAUUCCAUUAUUUGUCAAGGUUGGGAGGGCAACCUUGGACUUGCUGGGUGUUAGUCUCAGCAGGAGGGCAUGCCUAGGUUUCUGGCUAUGCUCACUGAGGCCCACGUGACAAGUAUGUUUUGUGUUUUCAUUUAAUUCAACUUUGUGUUAAAGGUGCACAAUACUCUGCUUCAGAGGUGAAUCUAGGAACAGGCUUCCCAGGUGGCAGUCUACACAGUUGAUGAGCAUCAUAGAAAGUCAUCUGAAGGGUUUUUUGUUCUGUUUCGUUUCGUUUUGUUUUGUUUUGUUUUGUUUUGUUUUUCAGUUGGAGGCCCUGAAAAAUCAGCCACUUACUUGGGCAGCAGAUGCCUUUAAGCUGUGCAGACCUGCUUUCUCCUGGCUCCAUUCUUUAACCCUUGGCUUGGGCUCUAAGUCCAAGACCACUGGGCCAAACCUCUGGUGUCUGUACCUCCAUCCAGGUGCUGGACCCAUCAUUGUAUCUUUUCCUGCAUAGGUUUGCUCCUUGUAUCCAAGGUGACUGCAGUGGAGACAGGAGACCAGAGGUAAAUUGUUACAGGGAGACCACCAAGAUUUCACUUCUUUAUAGGUUCAUUUAAGAUGUGAAAAGGAUAAAUUUUAAUUUAAUGUGUUAAAAACACAAUGUUCUUACUGUGUAAAUAGAGUCCAAGUCAAUUGUGACUGCAAUUCCAAAUUAGUAUUUAAAAGUAGAGAAAUUGCACUUCUUGGAAGACACUGAAAGUAGUUAGUUUAUUCUGUAAAUUAUUUAAUUUUGUCAUAAGUAUUUAUAUUCUUACCCUCUUAUGUUAAUGUUUGCUAUUUAUUAUUUUUAUUUAUUUAUUUUAUACUAUUUCAACUAGAUGACACACUAGGGCACCAUAAGAGUUAAAUAAGUUAAAUUGAAACAAAAACAUUUAUUUGACUAUAAGAUAGGCCACAAAGAGUCUUGAUAUAACUUCUAGUUAUAAUUUUGAUGCAACCAAGUUAUUUUUUAUAUAUUUUGUUAUUUAUUCUUUUAAUAAUGGAAUUUUUUAAAAAAGUAUUUUGUAACUGAAGAAUUUUGAUAAUUUGGGUUUUUCUCCCCAUUGGUCCACCAGAGAGAAAGGUGUUUGGUUUUCUUUUUCCCUUUGGGUUCCUUUUGUCAGGCCAAUAACAGCAAAUGGAAUUCUGUAUUUAUUAUUAUUUAAGUGUAGUGCAGAUGUGUGUGCUCUGGUGUUUCUUGUGUUGCAUUUGUGGAGGUUCUCAUGGAUGAUUCAUGUUGCUGUGAGGGAGUGCUGGCCAUGGUCAGUUCUAGGCAAUGGACUUGCUGGCCAAGCUACCCAGGAUCUUGAUACCCCAAUACUGUGACCCUCCUUCCUCAGGAAACACGUUGGACCCACAGUACCUCGUGGUGUGUUUGGAGGGUGAUUUCUAAUAAAAGUCUCACUGUGCAUAGGUGCUAUGGUCUGUGAGGAGGCUGCUACUCUGAUCUUUAUGCUUCUGGGAGUGCUAUGAGGGUGGUCGUGGUAAGAGGGCCCUUCUAUUUAAGUCUUUCUCUGGUACCAGUGUGGCUCAGCUACCACUUCUGUUGGACCUUCCUUCCCUCAAGUGUGGUUCUCCAAGAUCUAAUUCACUGCACCCCACCUUUUCCCAUGAGCCAGCCAUAUCCACAUCAUGCCCUCCCGCCCCCAGCCCUGCCUCCAAGUUUUCUCUUAGAGUCAGGAAGAAACAGUUGUCCAGCUUGGGUUGCUAGAUUAGAAGAAUGCAGUAUACCUGUGCUUCCAUACCAUCAUCCUUUUUUUUUCUUUCCAUACCAUCUUUCUUAUCUAUAAAUAAAUGAGAAUUCAGAUAUUUUGGUACAAGGCAGAACCGAGCACUGAGUUAGGGGUGAGGAAGAGAGAGCUCUCUGAUGACCUCACAGCUAUUAGAUCUGGCUAUGUCUGUAGGCAGUCUACUCUUGGACCUCGGACUUCCCAUAUGUAAGGCAGUGGAUUCCUUUUAUUUGUUUUAGCUCAUGUACUUUGGCUUUUUUUCCCUUUCAGAGGUACCUUUCUACUGUUACACUUUCAUGACAGGUGGAUUUCUAGUUUUCCCAAGUUCAGAUUUUCAUUUACAGCAUAUCACAUUCAACUUAACUUCUCUAGGAAUGUUGCUGGGAAGCAGAUGUGGAGUUCUUAUAUAUAGACAGAAGCCAUUUUACCUGAGAAAUUCUUAAGAGACUCUGGGCUUUGUUUCCAGUUUCUGUUCCACACAGACAAGACCAUAGUGCUAGGGUAAUACAUGAGAGAGCCAUGUAGAAUUUGAGGAAGAAUCCCUGGAGAUUUCCUUUAACAAGGUUACACCACAGAUAGUAGUUAGUAGACUGGGGUUGCAACUCUUAACAUUGGCAUAGUUGUUAUGACAUGAGCCAGGGUAUGAGCAAGCAGAGUGUCUCUGUUACAAACUGAGCUCAUCCUAGGUCCUAAGAACUGGGUAUGUGAUGGUCCUUGAUGGAGAAAAAGAGGAGAGGGUGUUUCCAGGGCCCCAAUAUAGCUACCUACAGAGUUAAGUCUAGGACUGUAGAAGAAUGAGAUGCAAUGGUGGAGAGGCCCACAUCUGCUCUCAGGUGAGAGUAGCAGCAUUAUAUUUGGUUCAUUAGCCCUAUUCUGUCACUGUCCACUGUCUUCUUCCUUUUGGGUUCGAAGGGUCUAGCCUGUCAUAUACCCUUGAAAUACUGCAUGUCAGGGGAACUGCCCAUCCCAGUCUCCAACCUAGGGCCUCUUCAUAAUCAUAUAGAGCAUAAAUAAACGUCCCAGGAAACACACAGAGCUUAAUUUAUCAAAGGGCUUCCAAAUAAUUCCAAAAAGCUAC